UAAGAGGAUUCCUUUUGCCUCCUCCGACCCUUUCGCUUCCGUUCCUGUUCCCACAAUGCUGUGCGGCUGAGCGCCUCCGAGCCCGCUGGGACGCUGCGGGGGGACCCCGGCUGAGGCUGCGGCGGGGACGUGGGCUGCGGCAGGCCCGCGGCGUCGCGCGGUGCGGAUGUCGGGCUGGGCGGACGAGCGCGGCGGCGAGGGCGACGGACGCAUCUACGUGGGGAACCUUCCGACCGACGUGCGCGAGAAAGACUUGGAGGAUCUCUUCUACAAGUACGGCCGCAUCCGCGACAUCGAGCUAAAGAACCGGCACGGCCUCGUGCCCUUCGCCUUCGUGCGCUUCGAGGACCCGCGAGAUGCUGAGGAUGCAAUUUAUGGAAGGAAUGGUUAUGAUUAUGGCCAGUGCCGGCUUCGUGUGGAGUUCCCCAGGACUUACGGAGGUCGGGGUGGGUGGCCCCGUGGUGGGAGGAAUGGGCCUCCUACAAGAAGAUCUGAUUUCCGAGUUCUUGUUUCAGGACUUCCUCCAUCAGGCAGCUGGCAGGACCUGAAAGAUCAUAUGCGAGAAGCUGGGGAUGUCUGUUACGCAGAUGUGCAGAAAGAUGGAAUGGGGAUGGUUGAAUAUCUCAGAAAAGAAGACAUGGAAUAUGCCCUGCGUAAACUGGAUGACACCAAAUUCCGCUCUCAUGAGGGUGAAACUUCCUACAUACGCGUUUAUCCAGAGAGAAGCACCAGCUAUGGCUACUCACGGUCUCGGUCUGGGUCAAGGGGCCGUGACUCUCCAUACCAAAGCAGGGGUUCCCCACACUACUUCUCUCCUUUCAGACCCUACUGAGACAGGUGAUGGGAAUUUUUUCUUUAUUUUUUAGGUGAACUGAGCUGCUUUGUGCUCAGAAUCUACAUUCCAGAUUGAUGAUUUAGUGUCUUAGGACAUUUUUUUAAUUUUUUUUUUUUUAAGGAAAUAAAACUACAUAAUUUCUACCAGGGCCAUAUUAGCAGUGAAACAUUUUUAACUGCGGAAAUUAUGGUUUUGGUUCAGAAACAAGUUGUAUAUUUUUCACCCCUGAUGAUGGGAAAAAAAACAGUGCUGUAUCUUUGUGGGUUGCUCUUCUACGGAGAUCAGCUGUUACUGUGACUUAAGUCGGCCCAUUCUGUUUAGAAAUAUAUUUUAAACGUUUAGUAAUUGA